AUGGCUCCAUCUCCCAGGAGAAGCAGUAGGAAAGAUGCCAGCGCCUUGCCAAGCAUGUCCUCAACUUUCUGGGCUAUCAUGAUCCUGGCUAGUCUCCUAAUCGCUUACUGCAAUUAUAAGAGCUAUUUUGGAGAGGAACCUCAAUGGCUGUAUAUGAGACAUUGCCCGGGGUGCCUCCAAGAUGCUUUUGAGCUGGGUCAGCUGGCCGCAGGUACAUGUGAGAUUGUUACUCUGGACAGAGAUAGCAGUCAGCCCCGGAGGACUAUAGCCCGACAAACAGCUCGCUGUGCAUGUAAAAAAGGACAGAUUGCCGGUACAACAAGAGCAAGGCCAGCGUGUGUGGAUGCACGAAUUAUCAAAACAAAACAGUGGUGUGAAAUGCUUCCAUGUUUAGAAGGAGAAGGCUGUGAUUUGCUAAUCAAUAAAUCAGGCUGGACCUGUACACAACCAGGAGGACGGAUAAAGACAACCACGCUCAAGGACACCUACAGGGACAAAGUAGCAUUCGUUAUCUGGGAACAAGGGCUGUCCCUGUAG